AUCUUCCACCUUCAAGCUUUCCAAAGAUCAAUGAAAUUUCGCGCGAAACUGGAACGCUAACGCUUACCGAGCAUCGAAAUAUGGACGAGAAGGGAAAGAGGAAAUCAUCGUCGAUGAUUUCCUAAGCGGCGUUUUCCAUCGAUCGUUUCACUGACGUUCGGUUCGCAUGUAAGUAGAUGUAUAGGUACAUACCAUUGGGUUGUGAUAUUCAGAUUCAACUCAUCCAUCCGGUCUUAAUUAACUUAACUGUUUCUGAUAUACAGAUAUUUCCAUGAUCGAUCCAUGACAGAUUUCUUGUGGAUUGCAUUAUUGUUAUGACAAGGUCAUUUGCAUUUAUUUGCCUAUUCAUCAUAGAAAAAGGAUAAUGAAAAUAAAGUAAAGAGGAUGAUAUGCCAAGAAGAUCAUCGAUCCAAGACGUUUCCAUUAUGAUCUUUUUGAACUAUCGACAAAGUUUAAACAAAGUCAAUAGACUCUCUUAUGCAUUUUCGUCGUUGUAGAUCUUAAGAAGAAAAAAGAAAAAAGAAAAAAAAAAUAGAAGAAAAAAAACAGAAGUUUCAUAUAUGAACACAAUUUGAACCUCGUCCGUUAUUCCCGAUAUUGAGAAGGGAAAAACAUUUGAUCUGCCCCAACUUCUUGAUUAAUGUAUCUCUAACAACUAGGUGAGGCUCGACCUUAAUUACCGUAAUUCUCCUUGAUACCCAUACGUCUUCAAUGGACGAGAACAGUGAUUAGCGCGCUUCUUCGUGAAUCACGCGUCACUUGCAUCGUACCAGUCGAGCUUUCGAGAGGACGAACGUGCGACCUUCGCUAAAGUGAUUCUUAAUCGUAGACUUGAGCUAUCUUAUUUAUCUUGUCAUUUACUUUCUCGUCUUCUAAUCGAACUAGAUGUACGUAUAUAUAUAUAUAUAGAAAAGUAGUUUAAUACACGCAACAUUUAUAAAAAUAAAAUAAAAUUUGAAGAGGUAGGAGAUAGAUAUACUUUCGAUUUUUAUUCUCUUUACGAUCAAGCAAGAUCAGAACUUACAUAGAUAUAUACAAAUGGGUGAAAAUCGUCAAAUAACCACCUUUCAUCGUACAUUCAACAUACUCCCCUCCAGUAUCCUUUUCUCCGCGUGCCAUACAUCCCAUGUGGGGAUAUCGAUAUUGAAACGUAAAAAAGAUUCAAUCAGUCGCGAAGUUUCAGCGCCAAUCAAUCACUCCCUCCUGUCUAGCCACCCAUCCGUAGCCGCCACCUCUUCUUCUUCUCCUCUUACUCCUCCUCAGCAUUUCGCUUUAGGACGCGAAAGCUCUCUCGCGCGCGCAGCCCGCACUGGCGCGCCUGAUCGCAACGACGGCGCUAAAAUGGCCGAGAGGGUUCCAAGAGGAAGAGUGAGAUAGGGUAUGAAGAGAGAAAGAGGGGGGAGAGAGAGAGAGUAUGUAUGUGUGUAUGUGUGUGCAAGAGAGAGAAGCGAAGCUUUUGGGUUGCACGACGGAGUCGACGCACUGGAAGCUCGCUGUGCUUGCGGCGGGAGCCUUCAGUAGCCGCUCGGACGUCGACCGGAAAAGCUCCGACGCGUUACGUCGCUUUUCUUGACGGUGUCCGUCGUAAAAAAGAUCGUCGACGUUUCCUUCAUCGGUGAGGAAACCAUCGAUCGAGACCAUCUUAACUUAUCUCCGUUUCUUUUUUCUCUCUUCUAUCCUUUUUCCUCUCUUCGUUGCAUAAAUUUUUAAACUUUGUUCGAUCUCAUUAAUUUUAGUUAAAAUAAACUUACGAGUUUACGAAGAGAAAAGAAAUUGCGGAGAAAGAAAGAAAUCGAUUUACGAGGAAGUUGUAAGUAACCGAAAAAAAAAAAAAUAAUAAAUAAAAAAUAAGUAAACAAAAAAGAACAAAAGGAAAAAAGAAACAAAAAGAAAGAGAAAAAAAUUGUGAUAGUGAAAAGUGCAAUUUGAAAAAAAAAAAACCGAUGGAUCGUUACGCGAUUGUGAUGAACGUGAUUACACGGAAGUGUUGAUAUGAACGAUCGACAGUGAUCUAUCCGCCUGUCUCGGAAAAGCGCUCGCGCGCUUCUAUGUGUAUGUGCUUCGUGGGGUGUGGAUAAUUGCAAUCGAGAGCGAGACACACGAUGAGAAGUGUCGCGAAAUACCGAGGCGCGCGUCCUUCCCUUUUCGUUUCGCUGCUUUUCGUCGUGUUCGCCGGCGUAACCGGUGUUCAUGGUUUGACAAAUGUGUCGAUCGAUUUACCGCUAGCAGUCGCAGCUGGCACGACGGUCAACAUGAGCUGCAGAUACGAUCUGGAAACGGACAUUCUCUACGCGGUGAAAUGGUACAAGGGACAGGAAUUUUUUCGAUACGUUCCGAAAGAGGAUCCACCAAUCGAAGUUUUUGGAGAUCUCGGUGCUAAAGUUGUGUCGAUGGGAAAGAAGCAAAAGGAAAGACAUUAUACGAAUCGGAGCAACGCCAACUACGUGAUUCUGAAGGAUGUCCAGCCGAGUAAUUCCGGAAAAUAUCGUUGCGAAGUUUCCGAGGACUUUCCGUCCUUUAAUACCCUAAUGGUUUUUGAUUAUAUGCACGUGGCCAGUCUCCCAAAAGGUGAUCCGGAAGUGAACGUAGAGAAACAAAGAUACGCGGUCGGUGACACUGUAAGAGGCAACUGUACCGUGCCUUCAGGAAAUCCUCCGGCCAAUAUAACGUGGACUGUCAAUGGAAAUCAGGUAAACUCGUCCUUCAUAAUGAACAUCACGGACAAAUUCAUCGACAAUCAUCACAUGGCUAUAGCAGGCUUGGACUUUGAGAUUGCUUCGAAUACCUUCAGCAAUGGCAAACUACAGGUCGUUUGUAACGCCAAUGUCUUUCAUCUUUAUCAGAAGAAGGCCGAAGUCCUUUUAAAGGAGGAACGACCGAUAUUGGCUUCCGUACUGGGAACUCGUGAAUCUUCUUACAUUGGUAAUGCAGCAAGACGCGUUGAGGAGUGGUUUUGCACAGGUGUACUGGCUACCUUGCUGCUGUGCAAUCUGAGAUAACAUCUGUGAACAUCGACUGGAUUUAUGCAUACUACUGUGUCGGAGAGGAAGAGAAUAAAAUUGUUUGUAAAAUUUCGAAAAUAUUAAUAUGAGGAGGAGAAAAGAAAAACAGAGAAAAGAGAGAAAGAGAAGGGAAGAAAGAGAAAGAAAAAGAGGCGAGAGAGAGAGAGAGAGAGAGAGAGAGAGAGAGAGAGUUUUUCGUUAAAAUAAGUAUCGAACGUAUGUUAUUCGUGUAAAUAGGAUAAAAAAAAUUUAGUAAAAUAUCUACGUGUAUGCGACAUGCGUCAUCUCGUCGUCACAUGAGACGACUUUGUAAUCCGAAUAAUGUGUCGUAUUAUAAUAUAUUAGGAUCGACGAUACGUCGCGCUAAAAUAACGAAAACUUUUUUCGAACACAUUAUAUGAUGUUUUUUAUCCUCCGACAAUGAUUUUGAUACCUUCUCUGUACCGUUGUAGCCAAUACAAUGUGACCCAUCACGUUUGUAGGGCAAAAACUGUUAUCGUUCAUAAACGAGGUUUUAUUUCAAUGAAAAAUGAAUAAAUGAUUCACCUUCGUUA